AUGGCCUUGUCCAAGUCCACCAGAAUCAUUACCCUGCUGGUGAUCGAUACGCUGUUCUUCCUGCUGGAGCUGGUUGUCGGCUAUGCCGUUCACUCCCUCGCCCUUGUUGCUGAUUCCUUUCACAUGUUAAAUGAUGUCCUGUCCUUGAUUGUCGGAUUAUGGGCCGUCAAGGUUGCCAACCGGGAAACCAAUUCGAAGAUGUACACAUACGGCUGGCAACGAGCGGAGACAUUGGGUGCGUUGAUCAAUGGGGUCUUUCUGGUCGCCCUGUGCAUGUCCAUCUUUCUCGAGGCCAUCCAACGGCUGGUCGAGCCCCAGGAAGUAAAGAACCCGAAGCUGGUCUGCGUCGUGGGGUGCUUCGGUCUGUUGUCGAAUAUCCUGGGCCUGGUCCUCUUCCAUGACCAUUCCCACGGUCACGGUCACGACCAUGGCCAUCCGCACGGAGCCAAGGGAGACCUGGACGCGGCAGAGCAGGGUUACGGCGAGGAGCAGAGCACGCCCCAAAUGGCCGACCAACGGGGCACCGUCGCCAGUGUCAUGCCCGAGAAUGUGGUCGGCGUCCGUCGAUCGGAUGGGCCUGAUGUCGGCGAAGGCCCGCAACCUUACGGGGAUCGCGUGCGUCGAUUUACCAGGACCGAUGAGACCAGUUCUACCGUGGCCGAGCCUACACCUGUGGCUCCCCGCAGAACCAGAGAAGGCGAGAUUCAUCACCGGCAGUCGCGCCGUCUCAGCGGAUCUCGUCCCCGCGGCUUCGGCAGUCUGGACAAUAUCCACGUCCACCCGGCCACCCGCUGGCAGGACAUCAUCGCGGCCAGUCGCUUUGACGAUGAGGAGAGUCUGGAGUCGGAAGAGGACAGCCAAGGCGAAGGGGUUGCAGCGCCUGUUUCGGAGCGGUCGAACCUGCUGCGACACAAGGAUCGUGCGGCCAACUACACGGAUGAAACGGCCACAGCCACUCCCAAGCCUCGCAAGUCGUUAGAUUCCGAUGUGCACGGCACUCAUUACCACGCUCAGCCGAAGACCGGCGACAAGAAGGGCCACUCUCAUGGGGACCUAAACAUGAAGGGAGUCUUCUUGCAUGUCAUGGGCGACGCCCUGGGAAAUAUUGGUGUUAUUGCGUCCGCGUUGGUCAUCUGGCUCACGGACUACGACUGGCGAUACUAUGUGGACCCGGGCAUUUCGUUGGUUAUUACGGUCAUCAUUCUCUGCUCCGCCAUCCCGCUGUGCCAGGCGGCGUCGCGGAUCCUGCUGCAGGCGGUGCCGGCGGGCAUGAGCAUUGACCAUAUCAAGGAAGACAUCGAGCGACUGCCAGGGGUCGUCAGCUGCCACCAUCUGCAUGUGUGGCAGUUGAGCGACACCAAGUUGGUGGCCUCAUUGCACAUCAAGAUCGACUGCCAGAUCAAGGACGAAGGCUCUGAGCGCUAUAUGCGUCUGGCGAGACAGGUGCGCAAGUGUCUGCAUGCCUACGGCAUCCAUUCCUCGACUAUCCAGCCCGAGUUCACCACCGACAGUGAUACGGAGGACACCUACGGGCAGCUGAUCAGUCGACCGGGAAGCGGGGACGGCGAUGUCUCCAGCACCAUGCUCCCCAGCCGUGCAGCGAGUUUCCGGGACGAACCAAGUGCUUGCCUCCUCGAAUGCGGUGAUGAGUGUCGUGGAGGAGGCCAGUGUUGCCCGAAGCCGAACAACAAAUAUUAUCCAUAUCAAUACCAUGGUGCUGAAGCUUCCUGGCUAGCCACUAGAGUUGUUUGUCACGAUGGAAUCGAUGAGCUACGCGUAUCCCCACGGCAGCCCCGGCGCUGCCAUGCCGCCUCGCUCGUCCUACCGGAACCAUAUCGUCGAACCGCCCAGUUUGUUAGCUCGGGUGCUAGAUGCCCUUCCGACGGAGGUGCAGGACUGGAUCGCCGACAUUCAGAAUCGCUUCGGGUAUGGCGGCAGGAGGAGAGCGGACCGGAGUGGGUUCUGGCAGGAACUGAGGUCGCUUGUGCGGCGCGCAUUCUGCGUCGCGAACCUCCUGAUCUUGAUAUGGAUCGUCACGCUGAGGUGGGGGGAGAGGACCGUCUUCUGGGAAAGCGUCUCGAGCUGCUUGUGGGAGACGUGGGAGAGAUGGGUGAGUCAAGCAACUGUCCCUUUUUAUUACCUGGACCAAGUAGGAUUCUAACUGUUCUAUUCCAGCCUCCGAAUGCCGCUCCCCAUCACGUCGUAUUCGUCGCGGACCCCCAGUUGGUCGAUCCUCAUACGUACCCGGGCCGGCCGUGGCCUCUGUCGACGUUGACAGUGCUUUAUACGGAUCAAUAUCUCAGGCGGGCCUUUUCGUCGAUAGAGAACACCCUCGUACCCGACACGGUAUUCUUCUUGGGAGACCUCUUCGACGGAGGCAGAGAAUGGGCGACGAGCACGAGCUCCAGCCCGGACAAGCGUUACAAGAAAUACGGAGAUAAGUUCUGGCUGAAGGAAUACGACCGGUUUGCGAGGAUCUUCUUCCGUACGUGGAAUGAGAGAAAGGCGCGUUCUGGCGCCGACCCGCGAGGCCGCAAGCUGGUCGCCAGCUUACCGGGGAAUCACGACCUGGGAUUCGGGAAUGGUAUCCAGGAUCCCGUCCGUCGGCGGUUUCAGGCGUAUUUUGGACGCGGGAAUCGCAUUGAUAUCGUCGGCAAUCACACGUUUGUCUCGGUCGAUACCGUCUCCCUCAGUGCGAUGGACCAGCCGGACCCGGAGACGGGCAGCUCGGGCAACGGGGCGGGGGAUGGACACCAGCCCAAUGCCCAAAUCUGGAGCGCGACCGAGGACUUUUUGAACGGCGUGAAAGCGCAGAAGGCCCGGCUCGAGACCGAGGAGCUGCGGUUGUUGCGCAACCAGAGCGAAGGUUACGUCUUUCGCGCUGGUGUCGUUGACCCGUCCGUGAAUACGGUUUACCAGAUGAGAGAAGUCCUCUCUCCCGGAUUUCCUACCAUUCUCCUGACUCAUGUUCCUCUGUACCGAAAGCCAGCGACCCCUUGUGGUCCGCUGCGCGAGCGGUAUCCACCUUCCUCGACGGAUCCGUAUCCGGAGGAGGACGAACAGAACGCGUUGAAAAUCCACGGGGGAUAUCAGUACCAGAAUGUGCUGACCCCAGCCAUUUCGAACGAGCUGAUCUCGAAGGUCGGCCCCGAAAUCGCCCAUAUCUACUCGGGGGAUGAUCACGACUACUGCGAGAUCGCCCAUCGGGAGUUCAGCGGCUCUCCGAAAGAGAUCACCGUGAAAAGCCUGUCAUGGGCGAUGGGAGUCCGGCGGCCAGGGUUCCUCAUGACGACCCUGUGGAAUCCGAUCGAUCCGGACACGGGACGGCCGCUCGACGGGGGCUCGUCGUCACCGACCUUGCAGAAUCACCUCUGUCUGCUUCCGGACCAGCUGUCUGUCUUUAUUCGAUACGGAAGUCUCUUCGUGUUGACCUUGGUUGUGCUUCUGAUCAGGUCGGUGGUUGUUACUUUUCUGCUAGAUGGCAACAAGCCUUCUGCAGUCGAGGCCACUCUGCCUUAUACCGAACGCCGUGUCUUCCAUUCCCCGUCGGCUGGUUCAGGCUCGCCGUCGACCAGCGUUUCCAGCUCGACGUCGUGUUCAGCCGAGCUGGAACCACGGCUGUCGAGCCGGGGCUUGAUUCGAGAGGCGAAGAACGCAGAGGACCUCCACUCGGCAAGGUACUAUAGCCAGGACGACGACGUCCACAGCAGUACGCAGCGGUAUCACGACUGGAAGCGCGCCGACGGCGAGAAGUGGAAGCCCAGUCGCCACCGGUCUGGCCCAGCGUCCGCGUGGGAGGAAUUUGUGCGUUCGGUGAAACAUGUCGCUGUCGUUGUGCUGCCUUACUAUUUGUGGUUGAUAUGGAGGUGCACAGCAGAGCAUUAUUCAGGGAUAUUUGCUUAA